AUGUCGCCGUUCAAUUUGGAGACGUGCGCGCGGCCCAACAUUCUGACGCUGCAACCGUACCGCUGUGCUCGAGAUGACUACAAGGACGACGGCAGCAACAUACUCCUCGACGCCAACGAGAAUGCCUUUGGCCCCUCCAUCGACGCAGCCGCCGUCGGCUCCCGCGACGGCCUGGACCUCGGCCUGGACCCGCUCGGCCUGCACCGGUAUCCCGACCCUCACCAGCACCGCCUGAAGCAGCUGCUGUGCGACCUGCGCAACACCGGCACCGCCCGGCCCCUCACCCCGGACAACCUGUUUGUCGGCGUCGGCAGCGACGAGGCCAUCGACGCCCUGCUGCGGUGCUUCUGCGUCCCCGGCCGGGACCGCAUGCUCAUCUGCCCCCCCACCUACGGCAUGUACGCCGUGUCGGCGCACGUCAACGACGUCUCCCUCGUCGCGGUGCCGCUCACCCCGGCCCCCGACUUCGCCCUCGACGUCGCCGCCGUCUCCGCCGCCCUGGCGCGCGAGCCCGACGUCAAGCUCGCCUACCUCUGCUCCCCCGGCAACCCCACCGGCUGCCUGCUCGCCGAGCACGACGUGCGGCGGAUCCUCGCCCACCCGACCUGGAACGGCGUCGUGGUCCUCGACGAGGCCUACGUCGACUUUGCCCCGGAGGGCUCCUCGCUCGCCGCCCUCGUCGCCGAGUACCCCAACCUGGUGGUCAUGCAGACCCUCUCCAAGGCCUUCGGCAUGGCCGGCAUCCGCCUCGGCGCCGCCUUCGCCUCGCCGCCCGUCGCGCGGCUGCUCAACAGCAUCAAGGCGCCGUACAACAUCUCCAGCCCGACCAGCUGCUUGGCCCAGCACGCCCUCGGGCCGCGCGGCCUGGCCACCAUGCGGGCCAAUCGCGCCAGGAUCGCGGCUCAGCGCGAGCGUCUGCUGCGGGAGCUGCCCGGGAUCCCAGGCGUCGGGAGGCUGCGAGGAGGCACCGCCGGCAACUUUCUGCUGUUUGAGAUGCUCAACGGGGACGGCCAGCCGGACAAUGCGGCGGCCCUGGCCGUGUACGAGAAGCUCGCCCAGCACGAUGGUGUCAUUGUUCGAUUCAGGGGCAAGGAGGUGAACUGUGUCGGCUGUCUGAGGAUAACGGUCGGCACCGAGGAGGAGGUGACUAGGUUUCUGGGGUCGUUGAGGAAAGCGCUCAGCGAGUUUUGA